AUGAUAGCUCUCAGGGCAACAACCGUAGUGAAGUUUAGCUUCGCACUCUUAGUUUUUGCGGAAGUCUGCCAGAUUCUGCUGUUUACUUUGCACAUCGCUGACUAUAUCCUUAAACUGCAGGUGAGACAUUGGGCACGUUCGAGCUGAAUACUUUUGUGAAGUCGGGGACCAUCGUUGGUCACCGCCUUUCAAAGUGUGUUGCAUUAUCGGGAUAAAAAUUGUCCGACUUGCACCUACAUGUCGACUGCAUGAAAUUUACAAAAAUCAUAUGAUCAUGUUUUGACUACAAGUUUCUGCAGUUGCUCUUCACCAACUUCAUCCUGCAGCCAUUGCCUGCAUUGUGGGAGGCUCUAUUGUCAACCAAUCAUUAGGUUGUUUUUGUUUGACCCACGUGAACGUGACCAGACGUGAUUGAAACAGGAACCAACUUUGCUGUAAUUCAUGUAUACAGUGGAUAUGUACAAAUACAGUGGGGGGAAAAAAGUAUUUAGUCAGCCACCAAUUGUGCAAGUUCUCCCACUUAAAAAGAUGAGAGGCCUGUAAUUUUCAUCAUAGGUACACGUCAACUAUGACAGACAAAAUGAGAAAAGAAAAUCCAGAAAAUCACAUUGUAGGAUUUGUAAUGAAUUUAUUUGCAAAUUAUGGUGGAAAAUAAGUAUUUGGUCAAUAACAAAAGUUUCUCAAUACUUUGUUAUAUACUGCCACUCCAGGACCUUGAAAUGAUUCUUACGAAGCCACUCCUUCGUUGCCCGGGCGGUGUGUUUGGGAUCAUUGUCAUGCUGAAAGACCCAGCUAAGUUUCAUCUUCAAUGCCCUUGCUGAUGGAAGGAGGUUUUCACUCAAAAUCUCACGAUACAUGGCCCCAUUCAUUCUUUCCUUUACACGGAUCAGUCGUCCUGGUCCCUUUGCAGAAAAACAGCCCCAAAGCAUGAUGUUUCCACCCCCAUGCUUCACAGUAGGUAUGGUGUUCUUUGGAUGCAACUCAGCAUUCUUUGUCCUCCAAACACGACGAGUUGAGUUUUUACCAAAAAGUUCUAUUUUGGUUUCAUCUGACCAUAUGACAUUCUCCCAAUCCUCUUCUGGAUCAUCCAAAUGCACUCUAGCAAACUUCAGACGGGCCUGGACAUGUACUGGCUUAAGCAGGGGGACACGUCUGUCACUGCAGGAUUUGAGUCCCUGGCGGCGUAGUGUGUUACUGAUGGUAAGCUUUGUUACUUUGGUCCCAGCUCUCUGCAGGUCAUUCACUAGGUCCCCCCGUGUGGUUCUGGGAUUUUUGCUCACCGUUCUUGUGAUCAUUUUGACCCCACGGGGUGAGAUCUUGCGUGGAGCCCCAGAUCGAGGGAGAUUAUCAGUGGUCUUGUAUGUCUUCCAUUUCCUAAUAAUUGCUCCCACAGUUGAUUUCUUCAUACCAAGCUGCUUACCUAUUGCAGAUUCAGUCUUCCCAGCCUGGUGCAAGUCUACAAUUUUGUAUCUGGUGUCCUUUGACAGCUCUUUGGUCUUGGCCAUAGUGGAGUUUGGAGUGUGACUGUUUGAGGUUGUGGACAGGUGUCUUUUAUACUGAUAACAAGUUCAAACGGGUGCCAUUAAUACAGGUAACGAGUGGAGGACAGAGGAGCCUCUUAAAGAAGAAGUUACAGGUCAGUGAGAGCCAGAAAUCUUGCUUGUUUGUAGGUGACCAAAUACUUAUUUUCCACCAUAAUUUGCAAAUAAAAUCAUUAAAAAUCCUACAAUGUGAUUUUCUGGAAAAAAAUUUCUCAUUUUAUCUGUCAUAGUUGACGUGUACCUAUGAUGAAAAUUACAGGCCUCUCAUCUUUUUAAGUGGGAGAACUUGCACAGUUGGUGGCUGACUAAAUACUUUUUUCCCCCACUGUAAAUGUGAUAUUUGAGUCUCUCUCACCAAUUGAUUGUACAAUGUGCGCAUAUAUUUUCAGUGUGUGAUAUGGGGGUUGGAGACAUGUUUAUUUUGACAUAGUAAAGAAAAACGUAUAUAAACAAUGGGAACACUGCCAUGUUGCACUGAGUCUUGCUGUUGGAAAACCACAUCAGUGUCCGACUUUCGGCUUACCACUCAAAUGAGGCCAUUAUGUUGAUUGAAUAAAAAUUGUGUUAUGUCGUUGAUGAUUACAUUGAUUCCCUUGUCUCUCUAUCAGGAUGUGUCGCUUGUGGAGCUCAGUAGUUCAGACAGCGACUCGGACAGAGAGUAUUCACAGGACAAUGACUCCAACUCAGACUCUGAAGAGGAGAGCGAGCUCACAGAGGAGAACCUCAAACUGCCUGGCAACAGCCAGAGGAAGAAAAAUAAGGUUAAUAUCCAAGUCCUGGAGAAACAAGAGGAUUAGGCCGUUAUAGGCCUCUAAAGAGACUACUGGGACAGUUGCAGUGUAGAAUAUUGGCAUGCGUUGGUAAUACUAAUCAACUGACAUGGGAUCAGUUCUCCUUCUCCAAGCCCUUUUCAUAACCAUUAUGAGUGAAAUAAUAAAAACUGACCGUGAGUCAGUGAGGACAUGGUCCUGGAGGGCUAAUGGAUUCACAGUGGUUCAGUGGAUGGAGACCUGCUGCAGUGAGGGAUAAAGGGGACAAUGGUGUCUACAUAGAGGGGUGUCUGUACUAUAAGGGCCAAAUAUCAUGUCAACAAGUGUUUCAGUGCUAUUUGAGCCAUAAUGAGAUGGGAACAAAGCUUUGAGUGCCUUCUCAAGCAUGUGCAGUAAGAAUGUGCCUUAUAUAAUUUCCUGUUUAUCUGAUGACCCUAGGAUACUUGUAAGGUUAAAGUUCAUAGUGGCUUGAUGGUUGAUUGAUGGCAGAGAAAGAAGACAUUUAGGCUAUCUGUAUUCAAUCCAUUUUCAAUAGAUCAUAUUGUUUGUACAUUUUUAAAUAUGAUUUAUUAUCACUAGCAUAGAUAAUCAAGGCUACAUUUUAAGUAUUUAAGCAGAAAACUGUUUGACUGAAGUUCUCACCUGUAAUCUUCAAUACCAAAUGCUUUAUUAUAUAUGUCUCCUUUGUUUUAUGAAUAUGCCUAGUCCCAGAAUUAUGCUAUGGUUAGUCACAGGCUUUGUGAGCUGUUAAGUUUUUCCCAGAUUUAUUUUUUCCUGAAACAAAAAGUACCAAAACCAUGUACUGUAUUUCAUAAUAAAAGUGUAUGAAAU